GCCGGCGGCGGCGGCGGCGGCGGCGGCGGCGGCGGCGGGGCGGGAGCAUGGAGCAGGCCUUGCGGAGAGCAGGGCCCCGGCAGGUGCGCCCCGCCGCCCAGUGAGCGCCCGGGCUGCACGGCCGGGGCCGAGCCAGACACGCUGAGUCCUAGGAGGACGGGGACAAGGUGUCUGAGAUGCCGCCCACGCUACAGAAGAAGCGCUGGGAGUCCAUGGCCAAGGGGCUGGUUCUGGGAGCUCUCUUCACCAGCUUCCUGCUGCUGCUGUACUCUUAUGCUGUGCCCCCGCUGCACACUGGCCUGACCUCCACCAGAACCCCUGAGGCCAUAGCACCCUGCUCCCCAGUCCCUGGUGAGUCAGAGGGGGUGACUCUGGCCAAUGGCUCAUCUGGAGGUUGCCAGCCACAGCGCAACAUCGUGUUCAUGAAGACACACAAGACGGCCAGCAGCACGCUGCUCAACAUCCUGUUCCGCUUUGGCCAGAAGCAUGGGCUCAAAUUCGCCUUCCCCAAUGGUCGCAAUGACUUCGACUACCCAGCCUUCUUCACCCGGAGCCUGGUGCAGGACUACCGGCCUGGUGCCUGCUUCAACAUCAUCUGCAACCAUAUGCGCUUCCACUAUGAGGAGGUGCGUGGCCUGGUGCCACCCAACGCCACUUUCAUCACCGUGCUCCGGGACCCUGCCCGCCUCUUUGAGUCCUCUUUCCACUACUUUGGGCCGGUGGUGCCCCUCACGUGGAAACUCUCAAGCAGUGACAAGCUGGCCGAGUUCCUGCAGGACCCCGAUCGCUACUAUGACCCCAACGGCUACAACGCCCACUACCUCCGCAACUUGCUCUUCUUUGACCUGGGCUAUGACAGCGGCCUGGACCCCGGCAGCCCGCGGGUGCAGGAGCACAUCCUGGAGGUGGAGCGCCGCUUCCACCUGGUGCUCCUCCAGGAAUACUUUGACGAGUCUCUGGUGCUGCUGAAGGACUUGCUCUGCUGGGAGCUGGAGGACGUGCUGUACUUCAAGCUCAAUGCCCGUCGUGAUUCGCCAGUGCCACGGCUCUCUGGGGACCUGUACCGUCGCGCCACGGCCUGGAACAUGCUGGAUGCCCGCCUCUACCGCCACUUCAAUGCCAGCUUCUGGCGCAAAGUGGAGGCCUUUGGGCAGGAGCGCAUGGCCCAAGAGGUGGCUGCCCUGCGCCGUGCCAAUGAGCGCAUGCGGCGUAUCUGCAUCGAUGGCGGUCGGGCAGUGGACGCGGCCGCCAUCCAGGACUCAGCCAUGCAGCCCUGGCAGCCGCUGGGUUCCAAGUCCAUCCUGGGUUACAACCUCAAGAAGAGCAUCGGGCAGCGGCACCAACAGCUCUGCCGUCGAAUGCUCACGCCCGAGAUCCAGUACCUGAUGGACCUUGGCGUUAACCUCUGGGUCACCAAGCUCUGGAAGUUCAUUCGGGACUUUCUGCGAUGGUGACAUCCUGCUGACCUACGGUCCCCCAGCUUACUCACUGCAGAAGGGCUGGGCAGGGACCUGCUGAUGUUGGCUUCCUUCAGCCCCUCCUGGUGCCACCCUGGACCCCAGGGUGAGGGGGGGCUCUCAAGGAGAUGUAGCCAACCAGGACUGGGCCCCUGGCACACAGGGCCUAAUGGGAGAGCAGUAUUUGACUAAUUAUACUAUUUUUUAUUAAACCCCAUCCCUCUAUUUCCUGCCACCCCUUAAAGGGGAGACCUCAGAAGUAAAAGGAUUUGAUGUUG